UCCUCGGCUAUCAGACGUGUUUUUAGGACCGUUCUGUAUGAGGCGUUUUUUCCAGAGUUACGGUGACUUUGUAUUGUGACAAAUCAUGAUCAGCUUCGUAAUCAUUUCGAGUCUUUUCCUGUUCGGCCUCGCCACCAGGAUUUUGGGAUCCAUCAAGAAAGCGUUGAACGCCGCCAUUGGAGUCGAGAGAUGUGAAGUGCAGGUUCCUCUGUUUGAGGAACCACCCUGCGUCCCCCUACAGGAGGCUGUGAAGAAAAAACAACAGCGCAGUGACUUGAACGGGCCUAUAGCUACCGACCAUGCGCCGGAUACGAAGCCUGCAAAGCCCGUCGAACCCAGCACCUCUGUGCGGGCUCCCGGUACAGCCAACGGCAAACCGAAGGGGACAUUCGGCGGAAUGAAAGCCGGCUUCUUGCUGCGCCCGAAGAAACCUCAACCCAAGAAGGAGACCGCGGCUAAGGCAGACACCCCCAAGGGCGGAGAGCAGACUCCCACUGACCAAGCCGGUCAGGUGAAAGUCAGUACCUCUCACCAGAAGCAGGCAUCUCCGGCUCCACGCCCCACCCCUGAGCAGAAGUCUACCCACCAGAAGCCGCAGGCCGCUGCACGCCCUGCCCCUGAGGCCACCGUCCGCCAGGCUGAUGAGGAACCACCCCGCCCCACUGUCCCCAUCUUCCCAGCCCUUGCUCAAGUUCGACCCAUCCUGCUACCGGUUCUAGGCACGAACCACGUCCAGUUGGUCUGGGACGGGAGCGUCAAGGCUAGAAACCUCCUUCAGAUGAUCGUGGCAGCCAGGAGGGAAGCCGAGGGACUCUAAACUUCCCAGGACUUCAACUGUGAUCUGAUAUUUGAUGUGGAAGGGGAUGA